GCGGCGCCCCCUGCAGCCCGGCCGGACUUGGCUCACGAGAUGUCUACUUCUUCAGUAGCGUCAGUGUGUAAGCUGAAGGAUUGAAAUGAAGGAACUGUUUCCAGUGGAAUCUAAUAUUUUGAACCACAUCUCCCUCUUGCUGAUCUGAGCAUGGUGUUAUCCUGUCAGCUCUGUCAUUAUCUGCAGCAGACCAUGGGGUUGGUGCACAUAACCUGCUAUCAUGGAGUGACUGAUAAUAAAGCUUUAGCCAGAGAAUACAAAUACCCUGUUGACUUUAGUUUCAAAAUAGGAUUUCAAAUCUUCAUUUUACUGCUUGGAUUUUGAUAGUAGAAUGUCAGACUAUUCACUGUGAUUUAUUCCCUUCCGUAUAGGUUACUGUUCACCCACACCCAUGGUGGUAUCAAAAUGUCUUCCAGACUUCUUGCCAAUAAAGAUUAGAAAACAAGACUAGCAUCUGUCAAAUGGGGCUCCCUCCCCAUUUCUCUCUACACACCGUUCCUUUGGGGGGAGAAGAAGAGAAGAAUAGCAUGAAAAGUGCAAAAUGUUUCAAAUUCCUGUUCAAAAUCUUGAUAAUAUCAGGAAGGCUCGAAAAAAGGUGAAGGGCAUUCUUGUGGAUCUUGGCCUUGACAGCUGCAGGGAGUUGUUGAAGAGUCUUAAAAGUUUUGACCCAGGUGAAAAAUACUUUUGCAACACUUCAUGGAGUGAUGUCUCUCCUUGGGAGUCUGUGGGCAAAAGGAAGAGAUACAGAACAAAGCCGUACUGCUGUAGUUUAUGCAAGUUCUCUUCAAAAUUGCUUACUUCAUUCAAGAAUCACUUGCACCGUUGCCAUGAGGAUGAAAUGGACCAAGAGCUUGUGGUUCCUUGCCCAAAAUGUGCAUUUGCUUCUGAGCCAAAAAUAGUGGGAAAACAUAUCCGGAUGUUUCAUUCAUCUAAUAAGAGAAUACAGAACUAUACAGUCAGCAUUUUGGAUGGCAUGAAACAAUUCAGGAGUGAUAUCAUAAACUUCACGUGUCUAAAAUGUAAUUUUACAGACACAUUGUAUUAUAAUAUGAAGAAACAUGUUCUGAUGAACCACUUUCAAAACCUAAUAAGUAUAUAUUUUGGCCAGAGAUCUGAUGAAAGUGAAGAGAAUUCUAUUGAGCACUACUGUAAAAAAUGUAAUGCUUCUGCAAACAGCCAAGAUUCCUUAAUGUACCAUGUCUUGACAGCUGAAAUACACAGAGACCUGGAGAACAAACUUCGGUCUCUGAUUUCAGAACACAUUAAGAAACCUGGACUUGUGAAACAAAUGCAUAUUGCUCCAAAGCCUCCCCAAAGUGCGGCUGCGCCUGCUCCAUCUUCAGGGCCUCCUGCAGCCCCAGCAGGUUCCAUCACAGCUCCACCUUGCAUCCAACUUGCAUUUCCACAGAACAAUCAAAACCAGACUGUGGUGCAGUCAAAACCAGUUCAGAACACAGUCAGAUCUCUGACUGUUCCAAGUGCCUCUGGUAGUGUUCCACAUACAACUUCUGCUCCAGUUGUUACCCCAUCACAUGUUACUCUUGUAUCCAGUCAUCUUCCUGUAGGUCAGAAUAGUGUUAAUAUUCAGCCAUCACCUUCUCAGCCUAUAAUUGUUUCUCAUGGGCUUCCUCUUAAUCAGCCUGUCAGGACUGCGGCUGUUCCUCUUCAUCAUUCUGUUGGGACCCUAAGCAGAACCGUGGCCCCUGCAGUUCUUCCUCUUAAUCAGCCUGUUGGGCCUGGACUCUUUCCUAUUAAUCAGUCUAUUGGUACUAUAAAUAGUCCAGUUGCAGCUGCGACAUUACCUCUGACUCAACCUGUCAGCCCUGCGAAUCAGCUGGUUGCACCAGGAGUGCUCCCUGUGAAUCAGCCGGUUGCCCCAGGAGUUCUUUCUGUCAACCAUUCGGUUGGGAAUGUGAGUAGACCCACUGGUCCUGGAGUCCUUCCUAUGGCUCAGACAGUUGCAUCAGGGGUUCUCCAGCUUAAUCAGCCUGUCACACCUGGAGUUGUUCCUGUCAGACAGCCUGUCGGACCUGGGUUUCUUCAGCUUAAUCAACCUGUUGCCCCAACAGUUAUCCCUGUAAAUCAGCCAGUUAGACCCGCAGUUUCCCAAAAUGCAGCUUUUUUGACUGCAGGUUCUAUACUUCGGCAGUUGAUUCCAACUGGGAAGCAGGUUAAUGGGAUUCCUACAUACACGCUUGCCCCAGUUUCAGUUACUUUGCCUGUACCUCCUGGUGGUGGAGUAGCAACGGUUACUCCACCACAAAUGCCUAUCCAACUAAUGCAGUCUGGAGCAGUAACUCAGUUAUCUCAGUCACCAGCUAGUGCACCCUCUCCGCCUGUGCUUUUAACAUCUCAGAAUAUAUCAUUACAAGCUCCCCCACCUGGUCCUGAAACAAGUCAGGCUGUCAGGCAGGCUAAGCAAUGGAAGACUUGCCCUGUUUGCAAUGAGCUCUUCCCGUCAAAUGUCUAUGAGGUACACAUGGAAGUGGCCCACAAACAUGGUGAAGUAAAAAUGGAGGAUACACAGCAGCCUGACAAACUUGCAGCUUGUGCACCCUUUCUAAGGUGGAUGACAGAGAAGACUGUCCGGUGUUUUUCUUGUAAGUGUUUUCUCUGUGAGGAAGAGCUCAUGAAACAUCUCUUGAUGCAUGGCUUAGCUUGCUUGUUUUGCACAGUUACUUUCCAUGACUUAAAAAGCCUUGUGGAGCACAAUAAAACUACUCAUAAUGGGAAAAAGCAGUUACAUGCAGACUAUAGCAACAGAGGAUUUCAGUUAGGUAACGAGGCUCAGGGUGAUCUUGUAUUUCCUCACUUUGAUUUCAGUACGGUGUUACCAAAAGAAGACAUCGGUGAAAGAGAAGUACAUUUGGCAGUGCUUGCUGGAGUAAAUUCGAGGACGCUAGUCCCCGUUUACAUCAAAGUGAAACCUCAGGCAGCAGAAGUGAACAACAGGUGCAGCAAAAAAGUGUUAACCUGUCCCUUUUGUUUUGGAACAUUUGUUAGUCAAAGAACCUAUGAAAUGCAUUUGAAAGAAAGGCAUCAUAUUAUGCCAACUGUACAUACAAUUUUAAAGUCUCCUGCUUUCAAGUGCAUCCACUGUUGCGGUGUGUACACUGGAAAUAUGACUCUCACAGCUAUUGCUGUGCAUUUGCUCCGUUGUAGAAGUGCUCCCAAAGACAGCAACUCAAGCGUGAAGAUGCAGCUUGAACGUACUGAGAAGAAAGAGUUACUGUUUGUGAAUGGUGAAAAGCAUGAUUCCGUGAUACUUAAAAGAAAGCUAUCUGAUUCCUGUUUCCUUGCAGAAGACCAAAGGAAUAAGGAACAGCAGCCUCUAAGCUUAUGUACUGGCAUAGCUCUAUCCCCAGAAGAAGAAUUGUAUUCAGGGCUAGUGCCUUUCAAACGACAGAAGAUGAAUAGGACUGAGAUGAAGAAAAUUCCUUCCAGUGAGGAUCUGCAUAUUCUAGCAGUAGAUCCUAAACAAUAUGAUCACAAUUCGUAUGAUGCUCAGAAACAGUUUUUGACAGACUACUUUCACGAGAGGCCCUAUCCUUCAAAAAAAGAGUUGGAAUUGCUGUCGUCGCUGCUGUAUGCUUGGAAAAUUGAUGUGGCGUCAUUUUUUGGGAAAAGGAGGAAUACAUGCUUAAAGGCAAUAAAUAAUCACAAACCAUCUGUGCUUCUGGGUUUCAGUAUGUCCGAACUAAAAAACAUUAAGCACAGUUUGAAUAUAAAAGGUGAAGCGUUAGAUAUGUAAACAAGCUUUUUAUAACAACUAAAAGCAAUCCAUAAUUGCAUACUUAACAAUUUUGCAAUUUAUUAUAUUGAAAUAUUUGUUUUAACUUGCAGACUGGCCUGUUGAAGGGUUGCAGUAGUACAGAAAGUCUCAUUCAGUUGUGACUGUUAUUGUGAAAGGCACACGUAGUUGUGUGUUUGAAACAGCUAAAACCUUCAGAUUUACACUUCUGGAAUUUGUUUUAGCUUUUUACUUUUUUUUUUUGGAGUAUGAUUUUUUUUUUUUUUGGUUGUUGUUCUGUUUCCCUUUUUCCUCCUCCAGGCUCCCAUUAGACUUUUUAUACCACCAUGUAAAACUUUUGUGCUGUUAAAUACAAAUUUUAUUUUAUUUUUCUGCAAUGUCAUCAUCUUUUCUAAACAAUAAAAUGUAUAAUGUUUAAAAUACCGAGGUAAACUAGAUGAAAUACACCUAUUUGAUUAUUUGUAUUUUUCAGUACUUGUAAUUUUUUAACUUUUUUUUUUUUUUUUAAUCUGCUGAAGAACUGCUUGUAGCCUUUACAUCCAUUGGUCCCUUCAAAUUCUGAAUGUGCUGGUAGCAAUAAAGUUCCUGGCAUUCUCUUUUCUCAGUCAUAAUAAUACCUGUGCCAGUGAAGUCUGGUGACUCAUAAUACCUGACUAGUAUUAACGUGGUGGGGAUUUGAGGGGCUGGGGGUGCCUACUGAAGUGUUACAGUUAACUGACUUGAAAUGGUUGUGUUUAUUAUCUGUUAAAUAGAUCUUGCUAACCAGAACUGUUUACUCCUUUUUGUAGGUGUUGAAACCUGGUUGUUAAAAUGCUGUUCAAAGCUUAGUACCAGCAUUUAGUUUCUUUACUUUUUCAAAAA